UUAAGAGGACCAAUGUGUUCUCUCUCCCAGGGAUCCCUGUUUGGAUAUAGAAUGAAAGAUUUGUCUGCUGUGGAAGGAAUUUAGUGCAUCAAGAGAGGAGAUUGUGAAAGUUUUUAAUGGAGAAAGGUGCUUCUGUGUGCCUCUGAAAUUACAUGACUUUCCUAACCAACCACUUUGCCCACAGUAUUUGCAAGUCUUUUCCUUCAGCAACCCAAACUGGGGUUGGCCUCAUCCAUCUCGUCUUCUGACACUGCAAUCCAGAAGCAUCCAAAGCAACUUAAAGCUUGAAGAGAACUCAAAGAAUGCUGAAGAGGCUAGAGCCCUGGGGCUUUCAAGGGCAUCCAUGUACACCAAUAAGAGAGUUUCAUGCCAAUAGGCUUUGGGACAGGGGUUACACUUUCUUUGUAUGCCCAGAGCUUAGCACCAUGCCCGGAGUGAAACCAUUCAAACGUGAUGAGUGUAACUUUGCCUCCACAAUCCAGUCCCAUCUGACUUGACAUAAAUGUAUUCAUACAGGAGAAAAAUCCUACAGAUGUCCCUGAUGUGUUUAAGCCUUCUAGGUGCUUGAAGUAGCCUAUAACCUCUCUGAGUCAAGUAUAUCCUGAAGAAUGUAUUAUUCCUGCCCAUCCACAAUUAACAGAGGUGAAGGCCUUGAAGAUAGACGUUGGAGGUUGAGGAUGGGGAGUGUCCUUUGGGCUUAUGUGACAGUCAUUCUACUGGGAAACCUGGUGACUUCUAUAGAACUUGAGACAAGAAACAAUGUGAGUAUACAGAUCAUCAACUUCAACUUUGAAAGGACACAUGUUAAGUGGAAUGUCAGUGAAUAUUUGGCUGAGAAGAAUUUAACUUUCUUUUAUGAAUUGGACAAAGCUUCACCUUCACAACAGUGUCCUCACUAUACUUUUGAUCAAGGUUAUACUACUGGAUGUCUUUUUAAGGCUGGAGACAACAGACUGACUUUUUUACUCAAGAGAGGAGAAGAUAAAGUAUUUGAACGAAGGAAUGUAAGGCUUAGCCGUUACUUAAAACCCAGCUCUCCAACCAAUGUGAGCUUCACGUGGAGAGAAGACUCAGUUACAAUAACGUGUUCUGAUUUGCCUAUUUCUGGUCUCACUUAUGAAAUUCAACACAAAAGCAUCUUUGAUCAAAAAUGGCUGCUCAACAUGAAUACAAUAUGCAACAUUACAAUAGAUGGCUUGGAUUCUGAGAAAUGUUAUUUCUUCCGGGCCAGAGUGAUAACAAGAAUGGCUAUUUAUGGCAGUAAGACGUACCCCAGUGAUUGGUCCCCUGUAACACACUGGAGGAGGAACAAAUUGGAAGAUUCAUGCACUGACAUAGUCAAAACACCUUCCCCAAAAUAUGUCUACAUAAUUACUAGUCUGCUUACCUUCCUAAUGCUAUUGCUUCUCCUUUUAUUUUUGAGGAAAUCAGCAAGAGUUAAGAAAUUAUUCAUACCCGUUGUACCUGAUCCCAAAUAUGCUUUUCCUGGUCUAUUUGAUUGUCACAGAGGAAACUUUCAGGAGUGGAUCCAGGAUACUGAAAACGUGACCAGCCCAGCUAAAGUAGAACAUUUGGAGCGGGAAUGUGUUGUUGAAGAGGGGUUUAUAGAACAACUUGCCAAGAAGGAGGCCAAAGAUGACGAGGGGAAAGCCUUUCAGGAAUACCCACGAUUGAAUGAAAAUAAUCUAAGCUCUAAUCAAAUCUCUUGUGUCCCGCCUCAAGGCAGUGACACUAUUUGCCUAAGUGAUCUUAAGUUUGUUAUGAAUGAUAACAUGUAUGUUGUAUUAUGAAGCUGCAUGGAGCACAAACAGGAGAUGGGGUCUGGGCCAGGAUCAGCCUAGUAGGUUUCUGGAAUUGAUGGCAACAAUAAUAAUAGCUACCAUCUGUAGAGUGGUUUAAAAUUUGCAAAACACUCUAUAAAUACCUCAUUUUAUACUCACAACAACCCUAGGAGAGAAAUUGUCCCUGUUUUAUCACUGGAGAAACUGAGGCAGACAGAAGUUAAAUGCUUUGUUCAGGGUCUCACAACUAGUAAGUGUCUGAGGCUGGAUUCUAACUCGGGCCAUCUUCCUGAUUCUAGGUCCUGUUCUCUAUCUAUUAUGCCAACUGGCUGGCUAUGGACACAGAUGAGGGAAAAGGUUAGUUCCAAGACCUCCCAAACUCACAAGCCUGCCAUGAAUUUAACAGCUAUUCAGUGAGAAGUCUUAGACUAAAUUACAUUCAUUUUUUGUUUUAAUUACAGCAUCUCUGCACAUGUACAUACAGCAACUCAUCAUCCUUAAUGUCUAAGCUUUACAACUCAUAAACGUAGGCACAUUUCAAUCUGAGUGCUUAUUAAGCCACAGAUUUAUUUUAUUUAGAGUACUUAGAAUAAUUUAUUUGAAAUGUUUAUCAUAUUUUUUCCUAAUUCUACAUUUGUACUAUGUAUGCUUUUCAUUUAACUUGCAGAGAGAUAAAUACCAAUACAAAUGGCCAAUAAAGAAACAUAUGUAAAAGGGUUUUCAAAUAUCUAGGAUGAAGUAACAGAGUAUAGGGGAAAGAAUAUUGGAAAGGGAGUUGGGCAAAGGAGUUCUAGCACUCUCUCUGAGACUAUAGCUUUAUGACUUUGGCCAAACCACCUUUUUCAGCUUCCUUUCCUUAGUUAUAAAAUGCUGGGGCUGGACUAGAAAAUCUCUAACAUCCCUUUGAGCUCCAAAUCAUAGAAACUCUUUAAAGCCAAUUCUAGCUCCAAAAUGAUCUUGUGUGGUGAAGUGAUUCUUGCACUGAUUUUGAAUAUAACACUAGGGACUAUACAGCAAAAUACAACAAAAUAGGACAAAGCCUCAAGUCCCCAUAUUGGGACAGGCAAACAAAAAAAGGAAUUUUUGAAGCUUAACACAAUUGACUGAAUCAUUGUAUUGAAAUGAAAGACUGACUUUGCAAAAAUAUAACAUUUCCUCAUGAGAGAGAACCCUCAAACAAACCCCUUUUUGAAACAAACCAUUCCAGUGUUUGUAAUAUGCUUUGCUUUACAAAGCAUUCAGUACAGUCAGUUCCUUGAUGUGUCUGGUCCUUGAUUUUGUUUUGCUGUGUUUUCACUUGUUAAAUGAGGGGAGGGGGAGUUACCAUGAGUGUUAUCUUUGAGAGUAAAGUUCUAAGUACUUGAUUUCUGUGUUGAUAGUGGAGGGGAUUUUUGUACUGAAAGUUCUUCUAGGGUUUGAGGACCAUCAGGUUUUUUAGAUGAUUGAGAUUGUAAAUUCAGUAGGUGGAAACUAGGUUGAAUUGUACAUUCUCAAAACAAUUGAGUAAAGACACUGUAAAAUUUUCAUAUUUCUGUCUGCGUUUUGCUGAAGGGGGUUGGAAACAGUAGCAGGGAGAAGAUACCAUCCUAUUUUCUGAGGUUAUUAAAAAGUCUCAGAAUGUCCCUGGUAAGGGUUGAAAAUAGACAGCUAAGGCAUAACAAGAAGUCUGCAAACUAGGUUACAUGCCCUAGCAUUUGACCACUUUCUGAAAUGAAUGUUGGGAUCCAUUCACCUUUCUUAGUACAUUGCUGUGGCUGUACCAAGUCAGGUGAGGAAAUUUCAAGUAAGAAACGAGAAAGAAGAGGACAAUGGUGGUAGGAAAGGAUGAAAAGGCUCAAGUUAUCUUGGGAUACAUUUUCAAGAGGGCUUGUGUGGAUAAAGCCUAAGAGGUAAGAGCUGAAUUCUAAAGCCAAUCCAGCUCUUAGACUACUUCAUAAACAAGGACAAGUCACAGAAACUCUUUUCAUAUGAGACUAAACAUGGGCAUUUCAUUUAAAAAAAAAAA